AAUUUCGAUAACAAAAAACAGCGUCAAGAAACCAAGAAAAACUUGACGAAAAUGCAUUAUUUUGGACAUUUUCGGUAAAGUUUUAAGUUAGGUCUUAGAUCUGUCAGAAAAUUCAUCAACCAUUUUGAUUUUCUUCACUGGAGAUGAAGAUUGACAUAUUGGAAUCCAAGAUGGAGGCUGAACUGAUUGAAGAAUCAAAUGGAGAAACUCACAGAUCAGCAGAAACACCCACCAAAGACAGUGACCUAGAAUCUCUGAAGAAAUCCUCCCCAAUUCUCGAGGGACUGAUUUGUGGCCGUGAAAAAUCUAGUCUGACUAAUUCAACGAUCUCUCCUAUCAAAGGGAGAGAAUCGAUGGAAGAUUCUUUAUCUAGUCUGCCCAGUACCUUGCCUAGCAAUAAAAAAGAUGACGUUUUCAUCUGUAUGGAAUGUGAUGAUCAAUUCAGCUUUAUAGAAAAUCUGGAAGAACAUAUAUUAGUCUUGCAUCAAGAUCAGAGAAUAUUUAAAUGUAUCACCUGUAAAGCCAAGUUUCUGGAUCAGACCGUCUUGCAUGCCCACCUUCCCCACUGUUCCGGUAAAUUUCUGUACCUGUGCUUCCAUUGUGGGGAGGAUUUUAUGUAUAUAAGUCAAUAUGAAGCACAUGUUGAAACGCAUUCUGGGGAGAAUCUCUUUGCCGAAAAUGCCCAUAUCGGUAUCCCAGAAUACUUCACGAUGUGUUUCCAGUGCGGAGAGGAGUUUAUUGAUAAAGAAGAGUAUAUAGAUCAUUUGAAAUCCCAUCGAUCCCGUAAAACCCAUCACUGCGAUUUCUGUCUUCAGUCGUUUUGUAACAGCGACGAAUAUGAAGAGCACCUCGGCUCCUGUUAUCAACCAAUGGGAGACGGAACGCAAAUUAGCGGAACUUACGAAUGUAUCGACUGCGGAGAAUCUUUUAAUAAUUACACCAAAUUUGCAGAACAUCAAAAAUUACAUGAAAAUGCAAAUUUCUUUAUUUGUAAAUGUGAGAUAAAAUUCUCAACAAAUUUGGCAUUAAAAAAUCAUGUCCUAGAGAUGGACGAUGUUGAGAAUCAUAUCGAAAUUAAAACCUUCCACUGUCAGUAUUGCGAUAAGGGUUUCAGUCACCCUGGCCAUUAUAAACGCCACCUUCUAUCCCAUAAUGUUAAAAAGAAAUUCAGUUGCGAGCAAUGCGGCAAGAUCUUUGAUCGACAAAAUUAUUUAGAUAUCCAUACCUUACAACAUCAAGGCGAUCGACCUUUUGUCUGUGAAUGUGGCAAAACCUUCGGGGCCAAAAAGCGUUUAAAUCGGCAUAAAAAGAUUCAUUAUAGAGAUAGCUUGAUUAAUUGCUCACAAUGUGGUAAGGGUUUUACAGAGCUCAGUCGUUUGAAAUGUCACAUGAAAACUCAUUCUGGGUUACGUCCCUUUACAUGUCACAUAUGCAACCAUUCCUUCACCCGCUCAAAUCAUCUCAAACGACAUAUGGGAAUUCAU